GAUUCGAUGUAAGACAAUUUUUUUCACAUUCCAGUGUCGGACAGAGUCCAGUGAUGGUGUGCUUCGGUUAGCGUUAGAAUAUUUCUAGUAGAAUUCAUGGAAUAUUGAAGAGGACUGAUUAUGAACCGAAGCCCGCAGCAUCGCAGGCUACCCGCUUUGCCGAGAACUCGUCUAAUGGAGGACGUUAGAAAAGCUUGGAAGAAAGCUCCGGCAUCGGCGGGUCCGUCGAAUAUUUUAUCCCUCAUCAAUCGGAAAGCUAAUCCGGAGUAUAAUAGUAAACGGAUUUGGCAGGAGCUGAAUAUGCCAACCGAGUGCGAUUUUCUAGGUCCCAAUGUAUUUUCUUUGCCGGAACGGCUACUACGGCAUGGACCGAAAAUUAGGCCCUCACCGCUGGCUAGGCCGAGGCCUGCUCAGAAAAAGAAGAUUAGGUCUUACACUGCGCUGAGGAAAGAUCGCGAAGAGUUUCGGAGACGAUUGAUCAAGCUGAUCGUACGUAAGAAACAUGAAAAGAACGACCCGGAAAAUACGUUCCCAAAUGUAGAAGAGCGGGAAUUGCUCAGAUAUUAUCACUACAUACGACAUGGCAUAGAUACAGUGCACGUAGCACCGAUUGACAAGCGAGUUCUGCAAAGAAUUUUAAAACUACUGCCAAAAAACCUCGUUCGGUAUAAGGAAGCUUUAAGAAAUAUUUUCGACGAAAUUAAGGAAGACUAUUCGCUGGCUGUGAAGAAGGCCGUGGUGGAUUUCGUUCUCGGUGAUGCAAUGAGCAAGUACAUGGAGAAGGAGGAACUGACGCCGGCCCGAUUGGAGAUCAAAGAGUUGAGAUUGAAGUGGAAGCAUCGCUACGACGAGAAUCGGGCAAAGAUUAAGCGGAAUUUGUUCUCCAUCAAUGCCUGUUCGGAGCAGAUUCUAGAGCUUUGGGAUACCUCGUUUAAAAAUCUGCUUCUUGUGGAUAUCAAACAAUUAACGGACAAAGGGCAAUCCUACGAUUUAACAGAGUUUACGUCGACAGUAAAUCAGCAGAUUGAGGAAGUGAAAAUCAUGUUGACCGAGAAAUGGUACGGUUCGAUAAAGACUAUCUUUAGUAGAGGCGUCAAAAAGAAGCUGAUCCCAGAUGAAGCUACCAAGCCGAAAAUGUUGCGGAAGUUUUUCAAUUCACUAGCAACUUUGAUGACCCGCCAGCUGCAAAACUUGUGCGUUAACAGUGUUAUUGCGUACACGAAUUUCAUAUGUGAUGUUGGAAAAUCAAAUCCAGGAUUUCGGCUAACCAUUUUGCUUGAAAAUCAAGAUACACUCUCUUUCAUACCUAGUUUUUCGCGCUUUCAGAUAGAAAUUGUGAAGAUAAUCGACAACAUCGUGAAAGCUGUGAAAAGUUUCAAACGCAUCGAAAGACAAUUGAGACCAAACAUUCCCUGUCCCGAACCUUUGUUAAAGCCCGAGAUAUCUGAAGAAGUCAUUUCCGAGUGCAAAACACGGAUAAAUAACAUACUGGAAGAGCAGAGAAUUGGUCCAGAAUUGCGAAUGCAGGACUUCGACAAGUACAUGGCAUUAAUGAACGGUACAGAUAUGGACGAAAUAGAACGUUUCAUGGAGAAACGUCCGAGUUUCAAGCAGUACUGUCGGUAUAUUCAGCACUACAAAGAAAUGGAAAAUAACGUAUCUAAGGAGAUUUACGGUGUUAUCUCGAUGGGGUUGUACGAGUUUCAUCGAGAGGGACUGAUAGAUACCCUGGAAGGAUUGGCAAAAUUUAUGCAGCAGGAGCUGAUUUCGAAAAUGACUACAGAACAGCAGAGCUCUGCUUCCCAGCUGGCGGCUGAAUAUGAAGCAAUUGCGACCAAAAUUCUGACCAUUCCGAAAGAUACCGCUGAAUUGAUGUCGCUUAAGGAGUUUGCUACGAAAAUGGAAGAAACUACUAUUCCCGAUAUGGAAAACAGAUUGAAGAUCAAUCUAAACCAUUUAUUAUACCUAACAGAUUACACAAUUUUCACUCCGUUGGAGAUAAAACAAAACAAUAAUACGUUUCAGUGGUAUCGAAAGAUGCCUACAAUAUUCCAGGAUCAUAAAAACAUAAUCGCCGAAAAGAUGGUCGAAUACCAAGACUCGUUGAAGAGAAGAAUCGAAAACUUCCGCAGAGAUCUGGAGAUCUAUUGGGGGCAGCUCAAAGACUACGAAGUUUGGGGCGAUAUUAAGCACUUGCAAAAGUACAAACGAAAAGCCACUACCCUUGACAAUAAGCUUGUUGCCGCGUUGGAAAAGAUUGAUCACAUCAACGAAGAAGAGAUCGCGUACUGUUGGGAGCUGUCGCAGUAUCCGCUGAGGAAGCAGUGUCACGAUAAACUGACACCUUACAAACAGCUUUACGAUGCCGGACAGGAGUUCAUGGAUAAACAUGAGCUGUGGAUGCACUCCCAGGUGGGAUCACACGAUCCGGAGCUGGUUGAUGAAACGGUGGGAUCGCUGUAUCGUACGGUCUAUAAAUUGGAAAAGAAAUUCGCUGAUUCCCAUCAAACGCAGCGAUUGGCUCAUGAUAUAAAAAGUCGCAUUGAUCAGUUCAAAACACACAUGCCCAUAGUCCAGACGUUAGGCAAUCCUGGUAUGAAGGAGCGCCACUGGGAGCAGGUGUCUGAAAUCAUAGGUUUCCCAAUCAAAAUUGCUCCAGACCUUACACUGGAGAAGGUAAUCGACUACGGGUUGGACGAUUACAUUCAGCGUUUCGAGACUAUCUCAGAAAGUGCGACCAAGGAGAACAAUCUUGAAAAGGCAAUGAUAAAGAUGGUUAACGAGUGGAGUGAUAUGGCGUUUGUGGUGCAUCCGUACAGAGAUACCGGAACCUACAUCCUGUCGGCAGUGGAUGACAUUCAGGUAUUGCUCGAUGAUCACAUAAUUAAAACGCAAACCAUGAAGAGUUCACUGUACAUUAAACCAUUUGAGGCGGACAUUUUGGCUUGGGAGAAGAAGCUUAUGCUACUGCAAGACAUCUUGGACGACUGGCUUAAGGUACAGGCGACGUGGAUGUACCUGGAGCCUAUCUUCUCAAGCCCGGACAUCCAAUCGCAAAUGCCUGAAGAGGGUCGUCGAUUCAGUGCCGUCGAUAAGAUUUGGAAGGAUCUGAUGAAGACAGUUUACGCUGAUACCAAAGUCCUAGCGGUCCUUGAAAUAGACAAAAUGUCGGAUAAAUUGAAGAAAUCGUACAGCCUUCUGGAGAUAAUUCAGAAAGGUCUCAACGAGUAUCUAGAGAAGAAACGUCUCUACUUCCCACGGUUCUUCUUCCUCUCCAAUGACGAACUGCUGGAGAUUCUGUCGGAAACGAAGAAUCCAACUCGCGUUCAACCACAUCUGAAGAAGUGCUUCGAAGGUAUCGCCACGCUGCACUUCACUGAAUCGCUUGACAUUACUAAGAUGCGAUCAAGUGAAGGUGAAGAGGUAAAUUUGGCUGACGAAGUGUCGACCAGUAAGGCGAAGGGACAGGUUGAGAAAUGGCUGUUUGAUUUGGAGAAAUCGAUGAAGAAAAGCGUACACAUUCAAGUGGAUCAAUCCUACGAAUCCUACACCAAAACUGUGCGCCAUGAGUGGGUUCUCAUUUGGCCCGGACAGUGCGUGCAAAGUAUUUCUUGUGCGUUCUGGACACUGGAAGUUACUUUGUGUUUCGACAGUGCGGAUCCUCCGGAUGCACUGGAAGAAUACAAAGAAACUUGCAAGACCCAAAUUUCACAUGUAGUCGAUCUGGUCAGAGGUAAGCUAGCACAGCAGAAUCGAAUCACGUUGGGAGCCUUGAUUGUACUUGAUGUCCAUGCACGUGAUGUGCUAACGGAUUUGAUUGAGAAGAAAACAACUAAAGCGGAUGAUUUCAAUUGGCUCGCACAGUUGCGGUAUUACAUGGAAGACAAACAUUUAGUGACAAGAAUGAUCAACUCCACGCUUGCAUAUGGUUAUGAAUACCUGGGUAACAUAUCCCGGUUAGUGAUUACUCCACUAACUGACCGCUGCUUCCGCACGCUGUUCGGAGCAUUACAUCUUCAUUUGGGUGGAGCACCAGAAGGCCCGGCCGGAACGGGGAAAACAGAGACCACCAAGGACUUGGCAAAAGCAGUCGCCAAACAGUGUGUCGUUUUUAACUGUUCCGAUGGAUUGGAUUAUAUUGCGUUGGGCAAAUUCUUCAAAGGCCUUGCAUCCUGUGGGGCUUGGUCCUGCUUCGACGAGUUUAAUCGAAUUGAUUUGGAGGUACUGUCGGUGGUUGCUCAGCAGAUUCUAACCAUUCAGCGUGGCAUCAAUUCCGGCUCACCAACGCUGGUGUUUGAGGGAACCUCUCUGAUCUUGGAUCCAACAUGUGCUGUGUUCAUUACAAUGAAUCCCGGCUAUGCGGGCCGGUCGGAGCUUCCCGAUAACCUGAAGGCACUGUUCCGUUCAGUGGCGAUGAUGGUGCCAGAUUACGCACUGAUCUCCGAGAUAGAACUGUAUUCGUAUGGUUUUCUAAACGCCAAACCGCUGGCUGUCAAAAUUGUUGCAACAUAUCGCUUGUGUUCCGAACAGUUGAGUUCGCAACCUCACUACGACUAUGGGAUGCGGGCGGUUAAGUCGGUACUGAAGGCGGCCGGAGCACUAAAGCUGCGAUACCCGGACGAAUUGGAAGAUAUUCUAGUGUUGAGAUCGAUCAAGGAUGUUAAUCUAGCUAAAUUUUUGAACCAAGACGUCCCUUUGUUCCAAGGUAUUAUAUCGGAUUUGUUCCCCGGGGUUGUUCUACCGGAGCCGGAUUACAAAGUUUUCAAUGACGCGUUACGAAAGGCCUGUGAGAAAAAUAAUAUACAGUGUACUCCGUUCUUCAUGGAGAAGGUUCAGCAAUUGUACGAGAUGAUCGUUGUGCGGCAUGGUUUGAUGCUAGUCGGACCCCCCUUCGGUGGCAAGAGUACGGCCUAUCGAAUGCUCGCUGUAGCUUUAGGAUACAUCGAAGAACAAGGAGAAAUGAAUGAACACAAAGCUCAGUACACUGUGAUGAACCCGAAGGCCACUACGAUGGGCCAGCUUUAUGGUCAAUUCGAUGCAGUUUCCCAUGAAUGGAGCGAUGGGGUCUUGGCAGUCAGCUACCGACAGUUCGCCGUCAGUACGACUCCCGACAGAAAGUGGUUGAUUUUUGACGGCCCGGUUGAUGCGAUAUGGAUAGAAAAUAUGAACACCGUUUUGGAUGACAACAAGAAGCUUUGUUUGAUGUCCGGGGAGAUUAUCCAACUAGCACCGACAACUAAUUUGAUCUUUGAAGUGAUGGAUCUUGAUGCCGCGUCACCUGCCACGGUGUCACGCUGCGGAAUGAUCUAUCUGGAACCAAGCACUCUCGGAUGGGAACCGCUGCUGGAAUCAUGGAAAAACACUUUACCUCCGGUUCUUCACUCGGUCAACAAACAAGUAAUAACGCAAAUGUUCAUGCGAUUCUGUCCCAUUCUCCUGUGGUUCGUUCGCAAGGGCGGGGUAAGAGAAAUGAUGCCCACUUCCGACUCGAACCUGGUGAAGUCAGUGAUGAAUCUUUUUGACUGUUUCAUGGAUGACUACCGAAACGAGACCUACAUGAAAACUGUGUCCGAAGUGGACGUACGAGCGCAGCUAGAAGGUGUGUUCUUCUUUUCUUGCAUUUGGGCUAUCGGAGGACCGCUUGAGACUGCUAGUAGAGAAAAGUUCAGCGAACUGUUUCGUGCACUGACCGAGAAAACGUUUCCACCGGAAAUCAACGACAAGUUCAAGGUACCGCAUAAUCUGCAGGUAGCGCAGUUGGCGAAACCUUUCAUUUUUCAAAUACCGAAAGGAGGCACUGUUUUCGACUACCAUUUUACCAAAGAAGGGAAAGGAAAAUGGCGCCCGUGGGCGGAAGAAAUUGGGCAGACUAUAAAUAUUCAGCGCGAUAUGCCGGUUAAUCAGAUAAUCAUACCAACUGUUGAAACAAUCCGAAUAACUGCACUUCUGGAGCUGCUGGUUCAACACAGUAAAAGUUUGUUACUGGUAGGUCCGACUGGAACCGGUAAAAGUGCUUAUACGAUCGAUUUUCUCCUGAAAAGAAACGAUACCAACAUUUUCAAGCCACUUUUGAUCAAUUUUUCGGCUCAAACUUCCGCUAAUCAGGUGCAGGAUAUUAUUAUGUCUAAGCUAGAUAAACGUCGAAAGGGUGUGUAUGGACCACCGUUGGGGAAGAAAUGUGUGGUUUUCAUCGAUGACGUUUCUAUGCCGCUGAAAGAAACCUACGGGGCUCAACCGCCAAUCGAGAUAGUCAGAAUGUUUCUCGAUCAUGCCAUGUGGUACGAUAGAAAGGAAAUAGUGCCAAUGAAGUUAGUGGAUCUACAGCUGGUAUGUGCCAUGGGACCACCAAGCACUGGGAACACGGUUACGCCAAGAUUUUCCCGCCACUUUAACACUCUUUCGUUGGAUGAGUUCGACGAUGAAACUUUGACGGCUAUCUUCAGCAAGAUCGUACUGUGGCACUUGGAUACCAGAGGUUUCAGCAAGGAAUUUGAUCCCUGCAUCGACGAAAUUGUGCUUUCCACACUGCAGAUCUACCGCCAGGCUAGGCGAAUUCUACUGCCGACGCCAGCCAAGUGUCAUUAUUUGUUUAACUUGCGAGAUUUCUCGAGAGUCAUACAGGGUGUAUUACUAUCGGUGCCCGAGGGUACGGAAAGUCUAAACUCAAUCCGACGGUUAUGGGCCCACGAAAUUCUUCGGGUCUACGGAGACCGGUUGGUGGACGAUGCAGAUCGCGAGUGGCUAUUCGAUGAGCUUUGCACCGUUAUCGACAAGUACAUGCACGAAGAACCGAAGGAUCUGUUCGAGCGAUUUGUCGAGAACGGUGAGUUGAACGAAAGCCAUCUUCGCGGAAUGAUGUUUUGUGACUUUACAAAUCCCAAGGCUGACACUAAGUUGUAUGUGGAGGUGCAGGAAAUGGAGGAACUGGGAUUUGUGAUCGAAUCGUACAUCGUAGAGUUUAACAAUAUGUCUAAAAAACCGAUGACAUUGGUUUUGUUCCGGUUUGCGAUUGAGCAUUUGUCUAGGAUUUGCAGAAUUAUUAAACAACCCCGCAGCCAUGCUCUUUUGGUAGGUGUUGGAGGAUCGGGCAGGCAGUCACUAGCUAGAAUCGCUUCUCACAUUUGUUCGUACGAGCUCUUCCAGGUUGAGAUAUCGAGACAGUACGGAAUGAACGAGUGGAGAGAGGAUAUGAAGAAUCUGCUAAAGAAAGCUGCUUCAUCCGAUCAACAUCUGGUGUUUCUAUUCACCGAUACCCAGAUAAAAGACGAAUCAUUCCUCGAGGACGUGAAUAACAUGUUAAACUCUGGAGAGAUUCCCAACCUAUUCAACAAUGAAGAAAAGUCGGAUAUCAUAGAGAAAAUGCGGCAAAUGGAUCGGCAAAAAGAGAAAUCACAACAAACAGACGGAAGCCCUGUUGCGUUGUUCAACUUGUUUGUUACGAUCACUCGUGAUCAGCUGCACAUCAUUCUAUCCAUGUCACCAAUUGGGGAUUCAUUUCGGAAUCGGGUCCGCAAGUUUCCUUCAAUUGUCAACUGCUGUACCAUUGAUUGGUUCCAACCGUGGCCGAAGGACGCCUUGGUAGCUGUCGCUACAAAGUUUCUCUCAACCGUCGAAAUGCCCGACAAAGAACGUAACGUGUGCAUUGAUAUGUGUAUGGAGUUUCACACAUCGACGCAGCAGCUGUCAGAGGAAUUCAUGAUUCGAUUGAAUCGACACAACUAUGUUACCCCCACCUCCUAUCUAGAGUUAAUCCAUACCUUCAAGACGUUGCUGGAUAAGAAGAGAACGGAGGUCCUAACCGGCAAGAAUCGUUACUUGACUGGACUUAAGCAGCUGGAAAUCGCAGCCCAACAAGUUGGGGUCAUGCAAGAGCAGCUGGAGACUGUACAGCCUCAGCUGAAGAUUGCUGCUGAAACGGUGGCCCAGCAGAUGGCCAAGGUUCAAGCAGACAGUGAGGUUGCGGCCGUACAGAAGGAACUAGUCAAAAAGGACGAGGAAGUCGCACAGGAACAGGCAGCAGCUGCCAACGAGAUCAAGGAGGAGUGUGAUGCGAAGUUGGCAGAUGCGAUGCCUAUCUUGAACGCAGCUUUGGAGGCUCUGAACACGUUGACUCAGCCGGACAUUACAAUCGUAAAAACGAUGAAGAGUCCACCGAUUGGGGUGAAAGUCGUAAUGGAAGCGGUUUGUAUUCUGAAGGAUAUCAAGCCGGACCGUGUUCAGGCCCCGUCUGGUAUGGGUAUGGUGGAGGAUUACUGGGGUCCAGCGAAAAAACUUCUAGGUGACAUGAAAUUCAUGGAAGGCCUGCUAAACUUUGAGAAGGAUGACAUUCCACCAAGAGUGAUGCAAAAGCUGGAGGAGAGAAUAUUAAACAAUGAAAAUUUCGAUCCGGAGAAGGUCAAAUCUGCCUCUACAGCCUGUGAAGGUUUAUGCAAAUGGGUAAUUGCUAUCUCUAAGUAUGAUGUAGUGGCCAAAGAGAUAGCUCCGAAAAAAAUUGCUUUAAAAGAAGCACAGGCCAAAUAUGACGGCGCUAUGGCCAUCCUCAAUGCGAAGUUGGAACAACUCGCUAUAGUGGAGGAGAACUUGGCGGAGUUGCAAAGAAAACUAGAUGAGCAGAUCCAACAGCACAGUAAACUGCAAGCCAAUGUGGACUUGUGCAUGAAAAAGUUGGAGCGUGCCACGGAGAUCAUUACUGGACUAGGAGGCGAGAAGGAUCGUUGGCAACAGGCAGCACGGCACCUGGGUCAGGUUUACGAUAACUUAACGGGAGAUGUUCUGAUUGCUUCCGGGGUAGUAGCUUAUCUAGGUCCUUUUACAAAUGAAUUCCGGGCACAGCAGAUCAAACGCUGGAUCGCCAACUGUGAAGCUGCGAAGAUUGUGUGUUCACAGGACUUUCAGUUGGCUACAACGCUGGGGAACCCAGUCGAUAUUCGUGCAUGGAAUAUUUUCGGUCUACCGAGCGAUGCCUUUUCUGUGGAGAGUGCUAUUAUAAUUCUCAAUGCCAGACGCUGGCCGUUGAUGAUUGAUCCCCAAGGCCAAGCGAACAAAUGGGUUCGUAACAUGGAGAAGGCUAAUCGUAUUUGUAUAAUCCGUUUCAAUCAACCUGAUUAUACCCGGGUUCUGGAGAAUGCCAUCCAGUUCGGGUUGCCAGUGCUUUUGGAAAAUAUAGGAGAAGAAAUUGAACCGCUUUUGGAGCCAAUUCUAUUGAAGCAAGUUUUUCGUCAGGGUGGAACAAUGUGCAUUAAGCUGGGAGAUUCAGUAAUUGAAUACAACAAUUCGUUCAAAUUUUACAUCACAACCAAAUUGAGGAAUCCCCACUACUUGCCGGAAAUCGCCGUCAAAGUCACACUGUUAAAUUUCAUGAUCACUCCAACUGGACUGCAGGAUCAACUGCUGUCAAUAACGGUGGCACGCGAGCGACCGGACCUCGAAACAGAGAAAAACUCUCUCAUAGUGCAGGGCGCAGAAAACAAACGCCAGCUGCAGGAGAUAGAAGACAAAAUCCUGCAAGUACUCAGCUCCGAAGGCAAUAUUCUCGAAGACGAAACAGCCGUGUCCGUCCUAAGUUCUUCCAAGACGCUAGCCAAUGAAAUCAACGAGAAGCAAAUCAUUGCCGAGACAACUGAACGUCAGAUCGAUAUUGCACGGUUGCAGUACACCUCGAUAGCCGCCCACUCGACGGUGCUGUUUUUCACCAUUGCAGACCUGGCGAACAUCGACCCGAUGUAUCAGUAUAGCUUGAAUUGGUUCGUGAAUCUGUUCACGGCAGCGAUCGACAACACCGAAAAGGUUGACGAGGUCCCGGCCCGGUUGGAGGAUCUUAGGACUUACUUCACGUACAGUCUGUAUGAGAAUAUCUGCAGGAGUCUGUUUGAGAAGGAUAAGAUUUUGUUUUCGCUUUUGCUCACCACAAACCUGCAGCAUGAAGAGGGCAAGUUUGACAGGGCGGAGUUCAUGUUCUUACUUACCGGCGGUGUAGGGCUUGAUAAUCCUGAUGUUAACCCAGCCGAAUGGCUCCCAGUGAAAAGCUGGGAUGAAGUUUGUCGAUUAACAGAGUACGAAGCCUUCUCUGGCCUCAAAGAGCACGUAGUAGCCAAUAUCAGACGUUGGAAAGCGUUCUUCGACGAAGACAUGCCUCACAGUGCGGAGCUGCCGGAACCAUGGAAAUCUAAUCUUUCCAACUUUCAAAAACUACUCAUUUUGAGAUGUUUCCGAUCGGAUAAACUGGUCCCGGCUAUCGAACUAUACGUGGAAAGUAUCAUGACCAGAAAAUACGUCGAACCGCCGCCUUUCAACCUGGCAGCUUCGUACGACGAAUCCAACAGUUGUGUUCCAUUGAUUUUCGUUCUUACUCCGGGUGCCGAUCCAACGGCCACUUUGCUUCGCUUUGCUGACACUCAAGGCAUAGGAUCGAACCGUUUGUACUCGCUUUCACUGGGUCAAGGCCAGGGCCCAAUCGCAGCGAAAAUGAUUGACGAAGGAACGAAAUUCGGAAAUUGGGUGCUGUUACAAAACUGCCAUCUAGCGCAGAGCUGGAUGCCGACUUUGGAGCGUAUUUGUGAAAGCUUUCAACCUGAUACAACCCAUCCGGACUUCCGCUUAUGGCUAACGUCUUAUCCAACGGAGCACUUUCCGGUGGUGGUGCUACAGAACGGAAUCAAAAUCACUAAUGAACCUCCGAAGGGCUUGCGUAUGAACAUUGUUCGGUCCUACAUGGGAGAUCCCAUUUCCAACGUGGAAUGGUUCGAGGCAUGCAAACAAUCGGUCAACUUCAAGAAGCUUCUUUUCAGCUUGUGCUUCUUCCACGGGAUAGUUCAGGAGCGGCGACAAUUCGGUCCGAUUGGAUGGAAUAUUCCAUAUGAGUUCAAUGAAACCGAUCUUAGUAUCAGUUUGACCCAGUUGCGUAUGUUUUUGGACGAGUACGAAGAGGUUCAGUUUGUGGCGCUUAGAUAUCUGACAGGGGAAUGCAACUAUGGUGGGCGCGUUACAGAUGAUUGGGAUCGGCGAUGUCUGAAUACCAUCCUGGGGAAGUUCUACUGUAGUGCAGUACUUGACCAGGAGGAAUACAUUUUGGAUGAGCAAGGUCUGUACAAGAUUCCAGAAUUGAAAGAGCACGAGGAGUUCAUGACUUACAUCAAAGAACUUCCUACGAUCGCAAAACCAGGGGUCUUUGGGCUGCAUGAAAAUGCAGAUAUUAUCAAGGAUCAAAAGGAGACGGAUCUGCUGCUGACUAACACGUUAAAGACACAGGAUCGAACGGAUAUGUAUGAAAUGAAGCUUCUUAUGGAUCUCAAGACAACGUCAACGGGAGUAUUCCGAGAGACUCCAGCCGAAAUAGUGAUUCGCGUUUCUAGUGACAUUCUCAAGCGCCUGCCGAAGGAGUUCGAUCGCGAUGCUGCUUUAGAGGAAUAUCCAACCAGCUAUCAUCAGAGCAUGAACACAGUUCUGGUCCAGGAAAUGGUCCGGUUCAACGUAUUGCUAAGUUGCAUCCGCAACAGUCUCGCAACGGCCAGCAAGGCCAUGCAGGGUCUGGUGGCCAUGUCCGCGGAUAUCGAGGAAGUUGUUGAGUCACUGCUUGUCGGCCGCAUUCCAACCCUGUGGGCGAAACGUUCCUAUCCCAGUUUGAAACCAUUAGGCAGCUACAUAAUCGACUUCAUUGCCCGGUUGGACUUUUUGCGAAAGUGGUACGACAACGGGCCACCGGUUGACUACUGGCUGUCGGGAUUCUUCUUCACCCAGGCUUUCCUAACGGGAGCACAACAAAACUUUGCGCGUAAAUAUGUCAUCCCGAUUGAUUUGCUCGUGUUUGAUAAUACCAUGCUGACUGAAAGUACAUUCGAGGAACCACCCGAAGAUGGCGUGCUGGUGUAUGGCUUGUUCCUGGAGGGUGCUCGAUGGGAUAAAAAGAAAGGAUAUAUACAAGAGUCGUACCCUCGAGUCUUAUAUGAUAUUAUGCCGCAUAUAUGGAUGCUUCCCGUGAAGAAAGAUGACUUGGUACUUAGACAUACAUAUACUUGCCCAGUAUACAAAACUGCCGAACGUCGUGGAAUUUUGUCUACUACCGGUCACAGUACGAAUUUCGUUAUUGCCUUAUCAUUAGACUGUGAACCGACAACCGUACAGGAGCACUGGAUUCGAAGGGGAACAGCACUUUUAUGUCAACUAAGCCAUUGAUCAAAUUUUUCUAUUUUAUACUAAUUGUAUUUUUUAAUGAUAUUUUAAUCUUGACAGAAAUGACAGAAGAAAAUUUAAAACAAUAGUUUAUCAUUUA